AUGAUGCGGCCUACGAUUGAAAGAUUGGACAAGCCAAGCGCAUAUUAUCUAUCAAAAAAUAAACGGAGGAAACAUGGUGACAGAGAUGGACCCCAAGAAGACCCCAUUGACCCUUUGAAGGAUGCCACUACACUCUAUGUCGGGAACCUGUCAUUCUAUACGACAGAGGAGCAGAUACACGAACUGUUCGCCAAAUGCGGAGAGAUCAAACGGCUAGUUAUGGGUCUCGACCGGUUUGCGAAAACACCCUGCGGUUUCUGUUUUGUUGAAUAUUAUACCCAUCAAGACGCGCUCGACUGUAUGAAAUAUAUUGGAGGGACGAAACUGGAUGAACGCAUAAUUCGGACAGAUCUAGACCCAGGCUUUCAGGAGGGUCGACAAUACGGACGAGGUAAAUCUGGUGGCCAGGUUCGGGACGAAUAUAGAGAUGAAUACGAUCCAGGACGUGGUGGUUACGGUAGGGCAAUUGCUGAUGAGCGAAGGAAGGAAGAAGAAGAGUAUGGGAAAGGGAGGUAA